AUGGCCGGUCCUCCACGAAGCGGAAUCAUUGAUGGCAUCGAGGACACCCAACUGAUGUCUCAAGGCUCUCCAUCGUCAGACGACAUGGCCGGUCCUCCACGAAGCGGAAUCAUUGAUGGCAUCGAGGACACCCAACUGAUGUCUCAAGAUUCUGCAGCUCUAGACGACAUGGCCGGUCCGUCACGAAGUGGAAUUAUUGACGGCAUCGAGGACACUCAGUUGAUGUCUCAAAACUCAGUGAGAAAACGGGAUAAGAAAAAGCAAAAAAGAGUAGUCGAUGCUACCAGAAUAGCCGAUAAACGGAAAUCAGAAACUGAAGAAGCACGAGAACUACGACUGCAAAAAGUUGCAAAACAAUCUUCUCUUCGUAGAUCCCAAGAACGUCGGCAAGUGAGGACUAACCGAGUGGAAUCCAUGGCUAAACAAAUGGUUUCAAAAAGAUCACAAGAAACUUCCGAUGAGAAGGAGCUAAGAAACCACUCAGACAAGACGAGUGCAGCAAAAAGGAGGUCUACAGAGUCGGUGGAAGUGAAAGACAAAAGACGCAAAACCGAAGCUGAAAGACAGGUUGCUGCAAGAUCAAAUGCAAGCACGGCACAAACAUCAGCAAGAAAGGAGGUUGACCGAGUAAGGAAAAGAAAGCGUUCGGUUGUUUUUCUCGGAAUCGCCGCUACAGAUGACCGCCCAGACACUCAUUAUUGUGGCAGAAUGGACAAGGAGUGCACUUUCUGUGGAGCUUUCUAUUUCAAAUGCGAAACAACAACUAAAGGAGAGUUUACUGCAUGUUGUAUGUCCGGUGCCGUAAAAAUAGAGCAGAAGAACAUUCCACUUGCUCUCAAGAAGUUGUUUCUUACAAACAAAGAUUCUAAAGAUCAGAAUCUUUGGAAAGAGUCCAAGAAUUUCAUCGAGAACAUUCGGCAAUAUAACAACUCGCUUGCAAUGGCCUGCAUGAAAGCGGAUGUUCAAAUGCCAACUGGAGGACCGUACUGCUACCGUAUCCACAAGCAAGUCUACCACUUGAUCGGAGAUCUUCAUCCUGGGGUCGGUCAACCACGGAACUUUGCUCAAGUCUUCAUCAUGGAUACAGAGCAAGCUGCUGCUGAGUUGGCUGGACGGGACAUGAAUUCUCCCUGCUCCAAGGAAUUGUUCGAAAAGCUGAUCUCAGUUCUGAAAGAAAAUCAUCCUCACGCACAGUCGUUCCAAAUGAUGUACGAAGUGGAAAACGAAGAGAAAGAGAAAGCAGCUUUGGAGAAGAGACCAGAGCGAAAUAUCACCAUGACUUUUGAAACACGCAGUCAAGAUGAUCACAGAAGAUACCAGGAAUCCACCGCCAAUGAAGUAGCCGUCGUUUACGUCGGUGAUUCAGAUGAGAUUCCGGGGAAGAGAGGGACCACUGUGUAUCAACGAAGUGGAAACAUCAAUUCCAUCCUGCUGACUGACCCAAAUUGUGAUCCAAUGACUUAUCCACUCCUAUUCCCUACUGGACAAUUUGGUUGGCACCCGAACAUAGACUACACCAAGUCUAGAGGGAAAAGGCAAAGGGUCACAAUGCGGGAGUUUUACGCAUAUAAUCUUCAUGUCCGAAAAGAGUUUUCUCCACUUUUUCGAUCAAGAAAACUGUUUCAACAAUAUGUGGUGGACGUUUGGACGCGAGUUGAGCAAAACAAUCUGAAUUUCAUUCGAAACAAUCAGUCUUUGCUCCAUGUUGAAUCCCUUAGUGGACUUCAGGAUUAUGUCGUCGGAGAGGAGAAGGGUCCUGUUGGAAUUAGAAUUACGCUGCCAGCUUCCUUUACUGGAUCUCCAAGAGACAUGAUUUCGAAGUAUCAAGAUUCAAUGGCAAUGGUGGCAAGGCUUGGCAAACCGGAUUACUUCUUGACAAUGACAAGUAACCCGAAAUGGGCUGAAAUCCAGGAAUGUCUUUUUCCUGGGCAGGUUGCACUUGAUAGACCGGACCUCGUGACACGAGUGUUCGAUAUCAAAAUUUCCGAGAUCCGAGAAGAUCUUUUCAAGCGCCGUGUUCUUGGAGAUGUGUCGGCUUACAUCUACGUUAUCGAAUUCCAAAAGCGUGGACUUCCGCACAUGCACAUGCUCAUUAUCAUGAAGCCGGGAUCCAAACCGAGAACUGCAGCUGAUGUUGACCGGAUUAUUUCAGCGGAAAUUCCAAACAAAGAUGAAAAUCCAGUUUUGCAUGAAUUGGUAACCACCCUCAUGAUGCAUCGUCCCUGUGGAGUUCACAACCCUAAAUCUCCAUGCAUGCAAAAAAAUGGAUCAUGUGACAAGAAGUUUCCAAAAGAAUUCCGUGACACCACGUCUACCGACCACGACGGAUUCUCAUUGUACAGAAGACGUGAUGAUGGCAGAUGUGUGGAGUACCAGAUUGAUGGACAAGUUGUUCCACUCACCAACCAAAGUGUGGUACCGUACCCUCCAUGGUUCCUUACAAAGUACAAGUGCCACAUCAAUUUGGAAGUGUGUGGAGCUGUGUCGGCAGUCAAGUACAUCUUCAAGUACGUCUAUAAAGGAACUACAAGAGCAUGUGUCCUGAUCCGAGUUGUCGAUGGAAAAGAGACAGAAGUCGUUGAUGAAAUUAAGCAUUAUUUGGACACUCGCUUUGUUUGUGCACCAGAAGCUGUCCAUCAUCUGUUCAAGUUCCCGAUGUCCUACAGAAGUUGUAAAGUGCUCCACCUUGCCGUCCACCUUCCAGAAGAUCAAAACAUUAUUUUCCAACGUGGAGAUGAGGCACAGGCAGUUAACAGAGCUCAAUCCAGAAACACAAAACUCACUGCAUGGUUUUCUAUCAACAAAAAGUGUCAAGAAGCAGUUCUCCCGGAUGGAUCCUUACCUCCGACUCUCAAAGACUCCAGGCAAUACUUCUACCAUGAGAUGCCAGAACACUUCACAUUCAAUACAAGUACAACUACGUGGCAGCCAAGGAAAACCAUGGAAACGUCUUUGGGAAGAAUGUACUUCAUCUCGCCUAAAAAUCGAGAAAGAUAUGCUCUUCGUCAACUUCUUCUGUACACCAAAGGAGCCACAAGUUUCGAUGAUCUACACACGGUUCAAGGAAAGAAGUUGGACACAUUUGUGGAAGCUGCCAGAGCUUCUGGAUACCUCUCAGAUGACACGAUGUACGAACAAACUCUCUCCGAGGCAGCUGGAUUCCACUCUGCAGCUCAACUUCGUGGAUUGUUUGUGAUGCUUCUACUUUUUGAGAACAUCAACAAUCCGGAGGAACUUUGGAAUAAAUUCCUCAAAGAUCUUUCCGAAGAUUUUGAGCAUCAGGGAUACACUCCCAAAGAAGCUGAAUCAUUGGCUUAUCAUGAUAUGAAAGAUAGGAUGGAAGCCAUGAACGGAGAUAUUAGGCAGUGGAUCAAUAAGGAUUAUCAGCCAGUGGCUUCAGCAACUCACUUUGUUGACUUGAAGGAAUGUGAGAAGAAAGGAGAAGAGAUGAAAUCGCUACUCAACGUUGAACAGUCUGAAGCCGUUGAGGCAAUUCUAGAUGCUCUCGAUUUUGGUGGUCUCUUCUUCAUUGACGGUCCAGGCGGAAGUGGAAAGACAUUCGUUUACAACUGCUUGGCAAACAUCAUCAUGGGAAAAGGAAAAACAAUCCUUCCGAUGGCAUGGGUUGGAAUCGCAGCAGCACUUCUUCCAAACGGACGUACUGUAGCCUCCAUCUGCAAGUUGAACAUCAACGACUUCUGUAAGUCAUCCACGAUGAAGCCAAACUCCGCCUUGGCAAAGGUCUUGGCCUCCGUAUCAAUGAUUCUGUGGGACGAGGCUCCAAUGUCUCCAAAAGCUGCUUUGGAAACUGUCGACAAGCUCUUCCGUGAAAUCACAGGGAACGAUGAGCCAUUCGGUGGAAAAGUGGUGGUGUUAGGAGGAGACUUCCGACAAGUACUCCCUGUUGUCGAUAAUGGAAGAGCAGAUGAUCAAAUUGCCAACUGCAUCAAGAAGUCAUUCCUUUGGAACGAAUUCAAAGUUUUCCACCUCAAGACCAACAUGAGAUUGACUGGAGAUGCCCUCGAUUGGAAGAAUGAGCUUUUGGAUAUUGGCGAUGGAAAGGUUGGAGCACCAGUGACCGGAGAAAUGCCAAUUCCAGAUGGAUUGGAGUCUCAUGGAGAUCUCGCAGAGGAAGUUUUUGGAGAUCUUUUGGCCAGUGGCGAUGUCAACCAAUUGGCAAAAGUAGCAAUUCUGACACCACGCAACAAGGAAGCUCUAGAAGUCAACAAUUCAGUACUCGACAAGAUGCCAGGAGAGUUGAGAAGCUAUACGUCCCUUGAUGAGAUUACUCACAAAGAUGGUGGAGAAAUCAACGACAGUUUGAACUUCACAACUGAACUCCUGAACCAGAUGACACCAUCUGGAAUGCCUCCACAUCUUCUUCGUCUCAAAAAAGGAGCGAUCGUGAUGCUUCUGAGGAAUUUGGACGUCAAGAACUCUUUGUGCAAUGGCACCAGAUUGGUGGUAGAUGAUAUGGGAGCACGAGUUCUACAGUGCAAAUUCAUCAAUGGACCACGUCAAGGACAAAUGGUCUUUAUUCCAAAGAUCGAGCUGAACUACGAAAAGGGACUCCCAUUCAUCAUGAGUCGUCUCCAGUUCCCAAUCCGUCUCUCCUUCGCCAUGACCAUCAACAAAUCACAAGGACAGACAUUCGAGAAGAUUGGACUGAAGAGUACUCCUCGCCAAUUGAAUCCUCCCCGUCACCACUACAAUUUCGCCGACAUCUCCCGUAUAUCGGAUUAUCGAGAAGACUUUCUUGGCGGACGUGGACCGACAUUUGUAGGGGACUCAUCCAGCUACAACAACGAUAACGGAACAAACUCUCUUUCGAAUCGCUCCAGUGGGCACCCUGCACAAUACGAUCUUUCGGACAUAUCUCUCGAAAUUGAGAAUCCACGUGAAAACGAAUAUCGGAAUAACGGAGAAACGAGCCAGGAAAACAUGCAUCGAACAUAUACAGUGGAACCAGCAAAUACAACCGAUAAUCCUACAACGAAUCACAAUUCAUUGUAUUAUGAUGUUGAAGAAGAGAACCGUGCUGAUGUGAAUGAGAAUUCCAGUUCAAGAAGAGUGACAACAGCAGACAUGGAAAAUACGAAAAGAAUACAAAGUUCGUCGUUCCCGAAAUCGUGGAUUUUGAAAAAUGAUCCGAAUUCUACUUUGAAAAACAAUGCUCUCCAGCAGCUCCAACUUUGUCAACCUCAAAAAAAAGAAAGACUGACGACGGACACGAUUCAACUAGGUACAAAUUCGAGCAAUCCAAUGACCUUCUUCUACCGAAAUUUUCGAGAUUUGAUAGGAAAUCCUUACCCUGUGGAUUUUGGACCAACAAACGGGUGGCCAAAAAUGCGUUACUAUAAUAUAGUUGCCAUCGGUGCGUCUACAUUUCCACAUACUUGGCUUCUACUCCAAGACAGAAAUUGUCACGAAAUACGUUAUUUGACAAAAGUCAACGUUCCAAAUUGGAGAAAGUUUCUCACUGAAGACGACGAGCAAAACGACGAAGAGUAA